CACAUACACACACACACAAAAAAAGAGUAUUAGAAGGCAAAGGACUUUCGUUGUCCCUCAACAGAUUCUCCGCACCCUACCGGCAGUAAAUGGAAAUGAAAGACAACAGUAUUCUCACAGAUCGUACCAUGACAUAACGACUCCUGGUGGAAGAGAAGCUGCUCUAGAGACAGUCAGACCCUGCGUGAGCUUUGCUGAAACUACAGUCUGAUGAUCAGCUGGCCUUCCACGUGUAACAAAACCCAGCGUUCGUCUUUCACACGUUCAGCGCCGGUUUAACCUCCAAUAAACACUUGCUAUACUUUAUCCUAUAGUUGAUAACGCAACAGUAGUUUGUUUCUUCCUUCUUUCUAACUUGACUGGUUUCGCUUCGAGUUUACUAGUCAUAAUCAAACAUGUAUAAGGUUUGUUUUACUAUGUUUCUACGCGCUUUAUGAGUCCUAAGUUUCCUUCUCUAACCUAGUUUUAUUGAAUAGUUCUAUAUUAUUAUACAAACUUCACGAAUUUUGCACAUAAAAAUACUGAAUCGACAUAUCUUUCUUCCUUAUGUGUAAUGCACGUAAUGAAGUAAUGAUAAAUUAAAGUUAUCGAAGUCUUUCCGAUGUCGUUCUGCCUUGUUAGAGACACUCAACUCUGAUGCUGACAGAGGAGUAAAGCUUUAGAAUAAGUCGUCAUGGAAGAGCUUUUGUGUUUCGAAAAGAAAGUGGAAAGGAAUACCUGCACUGCUUCUCCAGAACCUAUACUAACAAGUGAUAGAGUACUCCAGAACUUAUUACAACUGGAAGAAAGAUACUAUACAAACUCGUCAUAUUUUGCCUGUUUUCAAUCGGACAUUAAGCCUUAUAUGAGGGAAAAAGUGACUGAUUGGAUGUGGGAGGUUUGUGAAGGAGAACACUGUCAACAAGAUGUGUUUCCCCUAGCUGUGAACUGCAUGGAUAGAUUCCUGUCUGUUGUAAAACUUAAAAGAACUCAACUGCAGCUGUUAGGAACCGUUUGUCUUUUAUUAGCGUCUAAACUUCGCCAAGUAAUGCCUUUUAGUGCCAGAAAGUUGUGUCAUUAUACAGAUAAUUCCGUUACUGAAGAGGAGUUGCUGAGCUGGGAAUUGUUGGUGUUGAGUCGACUAAAGUGGGAUAUAUAUGCUGUUAUUCCCAACGACUUUCUAGAACCACUACUUCACAGACUUCCACUCAGUGAAGAAGCAAGAAGAAAGACCAGAGGACACGCAGAAGUCUUCAUAAAUAUGUGUUCUACGGAGUUCACGUUUUCGAUGUAUCCUCCUUCAAUGGUAGCUGCGGCUAGUGUUGGCGCUGCUGUGCAGGGACUCUCGAGACACCAGAGAGAAUGGUUAUCAUCCAGAGAACUGUUGACAAGGCUUCAUCAUAUCACAGGCAUCGAAAUAGAUUGUUUACGUCAUUGUUCUGAACAGAUUGAAGAAAUGAUUGCUUCAAACAUAGCAUCGUCACAGAAACCACAUACUUUAUCUCCUACUGGGAAAGGUGGCAACAACAAGAUGGUGGCUAACAAUGGAUUGAAGCCUGAAAACAGCAAACCAGAAACACCAACUGAUGUUCAGGAUGUUCAUUUCUAAACAAUUUGUUUGCUUCUUCUUUUAAUUUCAAAAGGAGAGAAAGAGCCCAUGCUGAAAGUCAAUUGUACACGUAUGGUGCUGCCAUCUGUACCAGCAUCGCUGUACCUACAGUACUAGUCAUAAGAGGGUUUAUUUGAGAGUGAUAAUUUGCAGCAAGUCUUUAAAUAUUAAACUUUCAAACAGACCCAAAGGAACAUGUGAAAGACACAAGAGUUAGGAUUUUGUAAAACUCUCUUUUCAUUGCACAUCUCAUUUCAAUGCAAAUAAAGUGAUGCUUUUGGUAUUUUCGUACCCUCGUCGUUGUUAAUGGUUAUCAUCCUCUCAGUGAAAGAAUAAAAAAAAUUUUUUUUUGGUCACAUCCUCUUUUUUUGUACAGUUGAACAUUCCACAAUGUAUAGUUCUAUUAUUAAAGAACCUUAGUAAUUCAACUUCUUCUCAGUUACAUGUGCAUUACUUUGUCAGUAGAACGGGUUCAGCUGCUGAUAUUUGUCAAAAAAAGAGAGUAUUUCAAUUGAGCUUAUAGUGUAUAUGAAUCUGAUUAAGAAUAAACAGAUGUCAGGAGAAUUUAGAGCGAUUGAAAUGAAAUGCUGUUUGCCUACAUUUUAUUAUUGUUACUUUUUCUAAUGUUUUUAAGAUAAUUACAAAGCAUAAACUCGCCAAAAUUUAGUAUUUUGUUUAGCAUAUGUGAUAUUUUGAAUAGUAAAGGAUCACAGUCGCUAGACAUAGCGUUGUACUUAAUUCUCACGUAAUGUUUUAAUUACAAUGAUUACAUAUUGAUUUUGAAAGCACGAUGACAUCCUUCCUUAAAUGUGCAAACGAAAAGUAAUUUUGUUUUUCUGUUAACGAUUUUUAAACGGUAAUGGUAUGCACUUUCUUAGGGUCUUAACGUAGUCAAUAUAAUCAAUAGUUUAUGUAUGUGAAUAUAUGUUGUUUUUCACUGACGUAGUCCAUGAUUUCUAGUUGUAACAAAUAGCAUUUAAGAGUUUCUUAACUUCAAACUUCUUGAUCAAGUAUUGGAAAACUUGAAACUGCAAGAUUAUUUUAAAAGAUUCAUAAAACACAAUCGCAUUAAUGCUAUAAAUGGAAAUAAUGUAAUUCAAGGGUUAUCAGUCUAGUCCUAUUUUUUUACAUUCUUACUACAAUGAGAAUGAUUUAGAACAAACAUCUCGUCAUAUAUACAAAACCGCUAAUUUGUAGCUACGAUGUGAGACAGUCAUUAUAAGGGGUAUAUCUUCAUCAUUAUAUCGUAACCCUUGUAAAACCUCAUUGCUUAAUUGUUCUUUCUAGUAAGUAACUGUUUACGUAUAGCAAGGAGUGAAUGGCUUAAGCGUAGUUUGACUCGGAAACAAUAACCUAUUUCAAAAUUUUGCAUCAGAAUAUUUUUACUUCAGCAAGCGAUUAAUGUCGUCCUUAUAAAAAAAAAGUCCUCAAGUUAUUUCUGACAAAGUGAAUUACUUUCUGAUUUUUGAUUUUCUUAGUUCUUUUAACACCGUAGUACAGGUUUCUUCUUUAGGUUACGGCAAGAUCAGCACCUAAAGUUAUGAAAGCAGUUUAAUUGUCAUUACUGCCUUAUCAUCCCUAUUUUACUGAUUCAACGAUUUAUAGUUUCAACAUGACUACAAAGGUCGUAUGUGAAGGUCCUUGAUACCUCAGCCUACAGUAUACAGUUCUCAGGAAUAUUUACAAUUACAUAGAACACUUUUUGUUUUAGGUGUUAUACUUGCCCAACUGCAGAAAUUAGCUUUCCCAAAUGCCAUAUUUACUCUUAUCCCAUUUUCCAAGAUUUAAACAUUUGAGUACUUAACCGUAGCUAUUCAGUGCUUCCUAGCCUGAAGACACAAGAGUGAAAAUAAAUGGAAGAAAACUUACAAAGUGUGAAUAAUGACCGUCUAAUUACUUUUUUUUUUGGAAUGUUGUGUAUGCGAUAAUUCGUAUUUGAUUUUCAAUUGGUACUAAGUCGCUUUUCAAAUUUUCGCUUUCAACUUUUGAUUUUAUAUGUACUGUAAUCUUUAUGUUUGUUUUUAUUGUGA